CUCUCUCUCUCUCUCUUUCUCUAUCUCAUCUUACCUUACUUUCUGCAGAUGCAACGCUCUUCACUAGAGAUUGAUGUUCUUGUUCUGAUAUUCCUUUAAAUUAUCAAAAUCGAAUCGUUAUUAGAACUAGAGAACGCGCCGAUGCAAGACUUUAUUGGUUCAGUUCGUCGAUCUCUGGUGUUCAAACAAACUAACGGCGAAGAUGGAGGUCGUUUUGGAGGAUUCGUCGAGAAAAUUGGAUCCAGCAUUCGAAAAUCGAGAAUCGGACUCUUCUCUAAGACGCAACUUCCUGCACUUCCGGCUUCAGGGAUGGUUGAUGCGUAUAAGAUGAAGAAAGACGAUACACCCUCGAUCCGUUGGAGGAAAGGUGAGUUGAUUGGUUGCGGUGCUUUUGGUAGGGUUUAUAUGGGAAUGAAUCUCGAUUCCGGGGAGCUCAUUGCUGUUAAACAGGUUCUUAUUGCAACAAACCAUGCUUCAAAGGAAAAGACACAGUCCCACAUUAGAGAACUCGAGGAAGAAGUGAAGCUGCUUAAGAAUCUCAAGCAUCCUAACAUUGUGAGAUACCUGGGAACAGGCAGGGAGGAUGAAUCGUUGAAUAUCUUGUUGGAAUUCGUUCCGGGUGGAUCUAUCUCUUCACUUCUUGGAAAUUUUGGUUCAUUCCCAGAAUCUGUCAUAAGAAUGUACACGAAGCAACUGUUGCUGGGACUUGAAUACCUUCAUGACAAUGAAAUUAUGCACAGGGAUAUCAAGGGGGCCAACAUUCUUGUAGAUAACAAGGGUUGCAUUAAACUUGCAGAUUUUGGUGCAUCCAAAAAAGUCGUUGAAUUGGCUACCAUGACAGGUGCGAAAUCAAUGAAGGGUACUCCUUACUGGAUGGCCCCCGAGGUUAUUCUUCAGACUGGCCAUAGCUACUCAGCCGAUAUAUGGAGUGUAGGAUGCACUGUUAUAGAAAUGGCUACCGGAGAGCCUCCAUGGAGCCAGCAGUUUAAGGAGGUUGCUGCUCUUUUCCAUAUUGGAACAACUAAAUCCCAUCCACCCAUCCCUGAACAUUUAUCUCCCGAUGCAAAAGAUUUUCUGUUAAAAUGUCUGCAGAAGGAACCAAACUUGAGAUCCACUGCACUCGAGCUGCUACAGCAUCCAUUUGUCAAAAGGGAGCAUCAGGAAACUCCCUUAAUUUUACAUUCAGCAGUUAUGCAAAAUAAUGGAAAACAGAUGGCAACAGCCAGAAUCAGCCUUAAGAACUCUUUAACCUGUAUGGGGCUCGAUGCUGCUCAGAAUAGUAUGAGAUGCUCAUCCAUAUAUCCAGAGAAGUUUACAGGAAAUGAAAGCAUCUGGAAAUCAAGCAACCGUGAUGAUGACAUGUGCCGGAUAGAUGACGAUGACCUUCUUCUACCUGGAGCUUCAUCAAAUUUCAGUUCUGCUUUAAUUUCGGAGGAUUGCAACAUGAGUUUCAACCCCAUUUUGGAGCCUAAUGAUGAUUUCCCAUCAGAGUUUGAUGGAAGUCCAGAGCUGGGAAAAAGUCGGAUGGACUUAUUGGCGAGUCAAACUUAUAAUAAUAGCCCUGGAACACAUGAUUUCACCUUUCCCAACGGGUCAUUAGUCACUGAGGACGACGAUGAUGAAGUAACUGAAUCCAAAAUUAAAGAUUUUCUUGAUGCAAAGGUUAUAGAUCUGAAAAAGCUGCAGACACCAUUAUACAAAGAGUUCUACAACUCACUGAAUGCAGCUUACUCUCCAAGUAUUGUUAAGGAAAUUGAAAACAAAGAAAAUAUUAUGAAGAACAACUUGAACCUACCUCCUAAAAGCAGGUCUCCAAAGCAAAUGCCUAGCAGAAGAUUGUCUACAGCUGUUGUUCAUUCAAAAAAUGAGAUGACUGAUAGUGUCAUGCAUGGUCAAGUUCUAGAGCAAGCUCAGAGAACUCUGGAGCCAAUUAGUCCAAGUAUAAGCUUUUCUGAAAGACAAAGAAGAUGGAAAGAAGAGCUUGAUGAAGAGCUUAAGAGAACAAGAGAGAUAAUGCGGAGCACACCAAAGACUUCAUCAUCUCCAAAGGAGCAUUCUUCUAUAAAUGGAAUAAAGGGUGGCAGGUCAAGAUUUGGACUUGCAUUGGAGAAAUGAGUUUUUAUUUUAUGUAUAUACAACAUAAGUAUAAUACUCCCAUUGGCAGCAGAAACAAUGAAUUAUUUUACAGAUUUACGUGUGAUCCACAUUCACAUUUUAUGUGAGGUUUUUUUUCUCAAUUUGAAGAAGGGCACACUUGGGGACAGAGGAUCGGAAACAGCAGAUCCGCCCCCCUUCAUCCUCCUCCACUAUAAGGUCGCCAUGUGAAGAAAGGCCACAAGGAGUUGUGUUGCUUUUUGUUUCACAUUAGUAUUGUUAUACAGAUUAUAGACUGGUAUUAUUAUUUAUUGGCAGUGUGUACACAUCCAAUAAUUGUUCUUUCUGUAACAUAUAUUGUUAUUAUGGAUCUUCCUGGCUUGAAUAUUUAUGUAUUAUUGUGCCUAAUCAUGUUUGGUUUUCCCACUUUUGUGUAAUAUAUUUCAUUUUUAUAAUGCUUUU